AAACAAUAACAAAGAUAUUUUAGCGAUUUUCCGGUACUUUGCGAAAAAAUAAUUUAUUUACAUAACUUUUUGAGGGAUUGUAAUAGGUUUUAUAUCCAAGAUUAUUUCUUUUGACCGAAAUAUUAUAAAAUAUUUUCAUUUUUUUAAUACAAGCAUUUUGCAUGUGGUUGGCAGCACUGCUGUAAAGUGUCACUUAUCAGUGUCACUAAAUUUUAUUAAUUUUAAGUAUUUUUAUUAUAUUUUUUUAAAUAUUGAUUAUUCAAGUUCAUGGUAUUUUUAUAUACAAAAAUUGUCUAAUAUUAUAAUAUUGGUAAUGUUUAUUUAAAAUAAUAUAGUCAAAGAAAAUAUGUGGAAAAAACUACAUAUAUCAGAACCACCUUUAUAUUUAUCCUUUACUGAGGAAGCUGACGGCUUUGAUAUACUUGUAACUGAUUAUAUUACAUUAUGGUAUGUAAAUUUUACAAAGGAAAGUUUUAUUAGACGAUUAAAGGAAUGCAAUGAAGACUUAGAAUUUGACAAUGACAAUGAAUUCGUACAACAAGGCACUGCUUUGCUGUCACAACCUGAUAAAAUCAAAAAGUUGCAAGUGGAAAGAGAAGAUGGCGGCAAAACAUUGUCCAUUUGUAUGCACAUUUUGUUUGGAUAUCCAUUCAAAUUUGAGUGUAAGCUAGUGAAAACAUCAGAGCAGUUUUUCUGCAAAAAAGUAACUUUACCACUAAUAAAAGUAAUCAAAGAUCUUCGCACCAGCCAGACCAAGCUAAGAGAACAGUUGAAGGGAAAGGACAAAGUUAUAAAAGCUUACAAAGACAAGGGUGUUAAGUUAACUGCAAGACGCUUUAAGUCUUAUGAAGCUAAGUAUAAAGAUGAGGCACACAUGAGUGAGCAUAAAGAAUAUGAUUCUACAUUUGAAGCAAGUUCAGAUCCCAAGAAUGUAUUGGAAGAUUUAGAAAUACAAUGUGCAAAAUAUACAGAACACACAAAUACAACAGUAAAAUUAGAACCUGCAUCAAUCAAGAAUGAAGUUCAGUCACAAUCUGAUGAAACAACAGCCAUCCCUAACAUAGUUUCUAUGAGAAUUAAACAAGAAGAUAUUAAAAGUCGCCCAUUAUCAAGCAAUAUUAGUAUUAAAAAACAGCGCAGAAGGUUAAAUAUAUAAAUUAUUUUGAUGUGAGUGAUAAAUAGAAGCCAAAAUAUUUAGAAAAGUCAAUUCAAGCUUAUACUGGUUUGAACUUUGGACUUAUAUCAUACAUUAUUUUUAUUGAAAUGCUAGAUUUUAUGGUGCUGUCAAAUUCAGAGUUGGAUAAUAUAAAUGUUGAAAAUAAAGCAUACUUAUGCUGUUGAAUUAAAGUGUUAUAAUAUUAUGAUCUAAACUAACAUAGAAAUUAAGUUGUUUGAUAAAAAACGCAAAUAAAACUUAUGCUUAGAUUAAAAACCAAGACUGAGCUCAGAUAUAGUUUAAAAAAAAUAUUUUUAAUUAAAAAAUUAAAUAAUAAAAUAUAUGAAAUAAUAAAGGAAGACCGUAGGAAAUAAUACACAAUAUAUAUAUUUUUAUGUUAAAACUUUAUUACAUAUAACUAUUAAGAACUAAUGUAAGGUUAGUUGUGCUAAGUUAAAACAAUGUUACUAGUAAUGUGAUUAAUUGGAGCUAAUACAAUAUUAGUAACGAAAACGCCACAGAGUUAAGUUGUUGAUUUUAAUGACUAUAUGCCCAUCUCUGAAAUUAAAUGCAUUAUGCAAUUGUAUGACCUCAUCUUAAUUAAUGAAACAUUAAAAACAAAAUAACAUUAUCCAUUUGAAUAAGUACUGUAAAAACAUAUAAUGUGGAAGUAAAAUAAUGGUAUCCUUAAUAAGAGUAUACAUAAAUUUGUUUCAAUAAAGAAAACACUUGUGGAACACAAUCCUAAAUAUUGAUACAUCCGUGAAUAAUAAAAUUAACAUCAAUUGUCUUUGAAAAUAGCCUUAACAUAUACAAUAAUCUUAGCACUUUUUUGUUUAAGUUUAUUAAAAUAAUGUACUAACAUUUGUAUCAUUUAAUGACUUCUAUGAUGUAAUAAAAUUACUAGAUAAGUUUUAAAACGAUUUAAAUUUUGUUGUAGAUUUCAUGGAAUCAAUGUAAUGUUAUGUGAAAAACCAACAAUCAAUUUAUUUCAUAUUUCAAUGUAGCCAAAUGUUGUGUCCCUAUAUUACUAAAAUAUCCAAUUAGAUCAAUGUUUUUCCAAUGAGGAUAUCUGCUCGGCCAAUCCAAUGAAAUAUUAAUUCUUUUUUAUUACUGUCCAGCAGUUUUGGGACCAGCCCAUCUUAAUUUUUUUUUUCUUGUGUAUUGAAAUAAUGUUUAUAUAUAAUGCAAUCUCCAAUGUAAUCGCAUUAUUUGUAACUUAUUUUUUUCAUGAAAAUGCAAACGUACUCUAACAACUGCUUCUACAAAAACUCUUCUAAUAUAUUAUUUUACUUUUAAAUUCGUUAGACAUAAUAUGUGCUUAUUAUUAUAUAUUUUUUUAUGAUUUUAAAUGCUGAGCAAAUUGAACGUAGCAAAGGCAUGUAUAACAAAAUCCUUUUUUUUUUCUAUUUAUGUAUAAUUUGAUUUUGUCUUUGAUGCGAACACAAAGUGUUUAUAACAAAUGUAUUUCUUUUAAUUCGAAUGUUUUUGUAUAUUUGUAUUUCAGAAAUGUUUUAUAACGUCGGCGUAGGCAAAGCGAAGUGCAGCCAUAGUUAACGUAUAUUGAAUUUGCACCCGAGUCGAUUUAUUUAAGUAUCUAAUUUGUUUUACACAAUGAAAAUUAUGGGUGAUUAGAUUACUAAAUAUUAUGUCAUAUCUCCAACACAUCUUUUCUACGCCACUAUUUCAAGAGUUAUCCAAAGUAAAAGAAAUCCAUAGAUGGAUUCAAUAUGCAUCUAUUAAUAUAUUCAAUACAAAGUUUAUUUUAUUAAGUAUAAAAACUUGAGCUUUUACGUUUGCCCUACCAAUAAAUAUUCAACUAA